AUGUUUAAUUCUACCCUACAUGCAUUUGCAGUCCUACUGCUUCUGCUACCUACGGUUCUUGCAGUAACAAAAGCAUAUGUAGAACUCGUCAAUGGAACACCAUACGACUGGCACUUGAUAUCUAAUGAAACACAUCACACGAAAUGGUUUCCCAAUGCCACCAUUCCAUCCGGUACCAGCGCCGAAUCCUGUAUCUCAUGGAUUUUACAUCUACGAGACUCAAAGGCCGAAGCAACAUAUCGUAUUGAUAAUCCUUCAUCCCCUGAAUCCUUUACCGUUCGAGCCCAUCGAAAUCCAACCAAGGUCGAGGUUGUUUAUCAUGAAAAUCUCUCCUCUCUCAACAAUCCCAAAAAAUCAGUCAUCGACCUGGUUUAUAGCAAAAAUCAUCCGCAUCCAUUCAUUCUCGCAGGAAAUGGUAUCUCAGCCCCCUAUGUCAGCUCUAAUCCUCCAGUCCGCUGGAUGCAACGCACUUUUUCCACUCUCUCCUCGAGGCCUCUCCGUGAAAUCAGUAUGCCCAUGGCUCACAACGCAGGGGCUAGUAUCGUAAGCGAUUCACUAAAUGGGCCAGGCACCUUACACAACACACAAACACAAUCCAAUUCCGUGUUUAUGCAACUAAUUCACGGAGCCCGGUGGUUAGAUAUCCGACCUGUAUUUUAUGAAGGGAAAUGGAUGACUUACCAUGGUACAUUUGUCUCCGGGAAAAUGUGGGGUGCCACGGGUCAGAGUAUUGAGAGUAUAAUUGGAGAUGUGAAUAGAUUUACAAAAGGACACCCCGGAGAACUCAUUGUGCUUGAUAUAUCGCAUGAUGCAAGUAAUGAGUCCAAAUGGAGGAAAUUUGAUGCGAGUGAUUGGAUGAAGUUUUAUGACUUAUUGAGUCGCAUUCGUAAUGCCUGGCAGGAACCACAGAGAUUGGAAUGGGAUUUGUCGCUUUUACCUUUUGACACUUUUGUAACCAAGGGGGGUAAUAGUACGGUGUUGGUGAGGGUUCCUUGCGAUGCACCGAUACCGGUUUCGACAUUUCCUGGGAGGGGGAAAAGAGAUGCAAAUACCACUCUGACAUCAUCUUCAGCUGGCUGUGAUUCUGUUAGUUCGGAUGAAUAUCUUUCACCGUUGAACACCACAGAUUCGCUCGAUUCGCAAGAGCCAUCUCCUUCCCUUAUUGAUAGGCGGAAAGCAUCUAUAAUUCCUGGUAGCAUUCUGCCUGAUCCCCUCUCCCGCCACACCCCCGCCGACUACAAGAUGCCCUUCACUCUCCUCCCGCCGACCCGUCUCCCCGUAACCGGACACUACUCCGCCACCGACUCGCCUUCACAGCUAGCCUCCUCCCAAAUCCACCUCCUCUCCCACCACAAGUCCUCUUCCGCCAUCACCGACACAAACCCCGCACAAAUGCAUAAAUCAACCUGGAUCCUUACUCAACCGCCUACCUCCCAGGCCGAUAUCGGUAAUUGGUGGAGUUCUAAACUUGGGUAUGCGAUAUUGGCGCAGCGGAGUUUGUUUAGAAAUUUUGAAGGACUUGUACGGGGGGGAGGGAAAGAAAGAAAACCGAACUUGAUUGAGGUGGAUUAUAUUAGGACUCCGGAUGUGGCGGCGUUGGCUAUGGCGGUUAAUGCUUGGGAGUAG